AUGGAAUUCCUUGGGCAUCUCCUUCUUGCUGCACUUCUAGUUACUUUUCAUGUGCUUGCAGCAAAUGCCCAACACCGUGGAGUAUUUCCAAGUGCUCGUGCCUUAAAUAAAAUUGAUCGUAGUGCUGUCCCCUUAUCUCCAAGCUUUGGUAUAGAUGUACUCAACCGGAGCAGUUUUCCCAAAGGGUUCAUCUUUGGGGCUGCAUCUUCUGCUUAUCAGGUUGAAGGCGCUUGGAACAUUGAUGGCAAAGGUCCAAGCAACUGGGAUGUUUUCACUCACAAAUUCCCAGGUAAAAUUUCAAAUGGCAGUAACGGAGAUGUGGCAGCAGACUCCUACCAUCGAUAUAAGAGCAACCGUCAGAGUUUAGCUUCACCACCGACUGCUUCGGACACCGCCAACGAACAAUUUGCACCUGAUAACGACGUGCCAAACCAGCCACAGAUUCAAAGAAACUCGGCCACCCGCGGUUUAAAGCCAAUUGUGACAAUUUUUCACUGGGACUUGCCCCAAGCCUUAGAUGAAGAGUAUGGAGGCUUCUUGAGUCCUAAAAUUAUAAAGGAUUUUCAUGACUACGCAAAUCUACUGUUUGCGAGGUUUGGUGAUCGAGUGAAAGAUUGGAUCACAUUGAAUGAACCUUGGACCUUUAGUUCAAAUGGUUAUGAUAGUGGAUCCUCUGCUCCUGGUCGAUGUUCUGCUUGGAUGAAUAAUAACUGCACCGGUGGAAAUUCAGGGACAGAACCCUACUUGGUGGCACACCACCAACUUUUGGCUCAUGCUGAUGUAGUUAAAUUAUACAGGAGAGUGUAUCAGGCUCGCCAAAAAGGACAAAUUGGGAUUACACUAGUCGCUGAAUGGAUGGUGCCAUUUUCAAAUUCACCUCUUGAUCAACGGGCAGCCAUUCGUGCCCUUGAUUUCAUGUUUGGAUGGUUUAUGAACCCUUUGGUAUAUGGUGAUUAUCCCGCUUCAAUGAGAAUUCUUGUCCGCGACCGACUUCCCAAAUUUACACCAAAGCAAUCUAAAGAACUGAUAGGGUCAUAUGAUUUUCUUGGAUUAAAUUACUACACAGCUAAUUAUGCUGCCCAUGUUACAACUCCUCCAAAUAAGGUGAAUUUAAGCUAUAGCACAGACCAGCGAGUUAACCGUACACCGAGCCGCAAUGGGAAGCUCAUUGGCGCACAGGCUGGUUCAACUUGGCUUCAUAUUUAUCCAAAAGGGAUUUGGGAUCUCCUUCUCUAUGUAAAAACAAAAUACAAAGAUCCAAUCAUUUACAUUACAGAAAAUGGGGUUGAUGAAGUAAACAAUCCCACAUUACCACUUAAGCAAGCUCUUCAAGACAGCUUUAGAAUCCGAUACUACUAUCAGCACCUUCAGUAUGUUCGAAAAGCAAUCAAAAAUGGCGUUAGAGUGAUGGCAUACUAUGGAUGGGCAAUUAUUGACAAUUUUGAGUGGAGUGCUGGAUAUAGUGUCCGUUUUGGAAUCAAUUAUGUAGACUAUAGUACCUUAAAAAGAUUCCGUAAGCUCUCUUCUUACUGGUUUGAGAGAUUCCUCCGCAA